GGGGCGGGGUUUCCAGAAGCUCGCAGCUCGCGAGCAGGGGCUUUCCUCAAUGACGUAAAUGGAAAAGAGAAGCGAGCUGCGGGUUUAAUCGGCGUCGCGGUGUGCGGUGUGCGGUGCGGAUACAGAGGAGCAGGGCUAGAAAACGAACCAGACAGCUCAUCCAGCCGACUGAAGAGCUCUGUGUGGGCUUCAUAAGUGUGCUGAAGGAAACGCUUCCAAGGGGGAGUUGGGUGAAUAGACAGAGUAGACAGCAGCUCUCAGUGUAACGCCCUGUUCCCACCAGCACUGAUCCGGGUUAAGACAGGCUGAUUGAGAAGGAGAGGAGACGAGUAGCUCAGCACAGCCGUGUGAUUCAACCAAAGCAUCGGAGGACAUUAAGCUGAGGACGGGAGGACGGUCUGAGCCGGAGGACAUAUUUUCUAGUGCAUAUUAUAUUUCAUAUUGUUAUAGAAGCUGACAUCUACGUUUUUUUUUUUUUUUUUUUUUUUUUUUUUUUUUUUUAAACUUAAAAACCCCAGUUUUACUAAAAACGAGUACAUUUUGGAGUCUGUAGUAUUGGAAAUUAUAGAUGUUUACUUGAUUGUUUGCUAAUCAGCCUGCUUGAGUGUUACAAGAACAAACCGGUAGGACGCCAAGGGUUUUUUUUUUUUUUUUUAGUUUCUCUUUCCAUUGCGUCAACCUUGUUCAUUGAGGGUAAGCUCUGUUUCUAUUGUUUCAUGAUAAGUACAGAAAAAAAGGAGUGACUGUUUGCCGGGAAUCUUUCACUAGUGUCAGUAACUGGAUAUCUGAAAAUCUGGUUUGGGACAACACAGCUUUUUUGGCAUUUGAAGUACUCAUCCACUGUCAAUAAGAAUCCUGACACAAGAGUCUGUAUUUAAAGAUUUUGGUUCAAAGUCAUUAGAACCUUAUUAGGAAAGAAUCUAAAGGCAAUCAGAUAGUUCCUGGGCAAUGGGUUCAGAAAAAGACUCUGAAUCACCCCAUUCCUCUGUCAGUGGCAUUCCCAAUCCUAAAUGUCGUGGUCCGGGCAAGAAGCAGGGCAGGAUCACCUUCGCCAGCCUCUUUCAUAGCAAACGUGGUUCCAGGAGGAGUAAAGCUAAUUCGGGAACACCUUUAGCGCAGCAGCACAACCAGCAGCAACAGCAGCUCCUUCAGCCUCCCACUCCUACCGCUGCUUCCCCAGACCCUCUUACUGCCGACUCAGCCGAGCCUUUAUCCUCCAGCCAGGCCUCUCUGGGAGGACAGGAGCUCCUCGAGUGCCCACUAUGUCUGGUGCGCCAGCCACGGGAUCAGCUGGCAGAGCUUCAGGGCUGCAGUCAUCGCUCUUGCCUUUGCUGCCUGCGCCAGUACCUGCGCAUUGAGAUCACAGAGAGCCGUGUGCAGCUCAGCUGCCCCGAGUGUGCCGAGAGGUUGGCGCCCAGGCAGGUGGCACUCAUCCUGGAUGACGCUGCCCUGCUGGAAAAGUAUGAGGAGUUUCUGCUAAGGCGGUGCCUCGCCUCAGACCCUGACUGCCGCUGGUGUCCGGCUCCAGACUGCGGGUUUGCUGUCAUUGCAUCAGGCUGUGCCAGCUGCCCCAGGCUUGUAUGUCGCAGGGAAGGCUGCGGUGCCGAGUUCUGCUACCACUGCAAGCAGGCCUGGCAUCCGAACCAGACGUGUGACUCUGCCCGGCAGCAAAGGGCACUGUCUCUGAGAACACACAGCAACCACUCACCCAGUUACGCAGCCGAGCAAGGGCCCACUGAUGACAUCAAGCCCUGUCCCCGAUGUGGCGCCUACAUCAUCAAGAUGAAUGACGGAAGCUGUAAUCACAUGACCUGCGCUGUGUGUGGCUGUGAGUUCUGCUGGCUGUGUAUGAAGGAAAUCUCUGACCUGCACUACCUCAGUCCAUCAGGUUGUACUUUCUGGGGUAAAAAGCCAUGGAGUCGAAAGAAAAAGAUUCUAUGGCAGCUUGGCACUCUGAUCGGUGCGCCGGUUGGCAUUACGCUGAUCGCUGGCAUUGCAGUGCCUGCCAUGGUCAUUGGCAUCCCGGUUUACGUAGGAAGGAAGAUAUAUGCCCAUUAUGAGGGGAAGAAGAACUCUCAGCAUAGGAGAAACCUGGCCAUUACUGGAGGUGUAGCCUUGUCAAUCAUCACAGCCCCGGUUAUUGCAGCUGUCAGUGUUGGUAUUGGUGUACCGAUCAUGUUGGCGUACGUGUAUGGUGUGGUGCCAAUAUCACUGUGUCGCGGUGGGGGCUGUGGGGUUAGCAGAGGGAAGGGACGAGGCGUCAGGAUUGACUUUGAUGAAGACGAUGGACCCAUUACAGUUGCAGACGCAUGGCGUGCACUGAAGUCCCCCAGCCUUGGUGAGAGCAGCCUAGAGGGAGCAGCCAGUGGCCUUAGCACCACCUCGCCUAGUGAAGGCCUGUCUGUGGCCCCCGGGGGUCUCGUCGACACGCCCCACUUCAACACACUAGCUGGAGGAGCUCUCGGAGCCCGGACAGGAAAAUACAGCAGGCUGGAGGUUCAAGGCACUGAGAUUGGAAAGGAAAAUGUACACAGAGAGACAGGAAGCUUGGGAGCAGCCAGUGACUGUGCAAGCACUCGAGGCAUGGCAGGAUCCAUUACCUCCUCAUACACAAUACCUGAUAGAGAAGGCACAAACCUGGAGAUUCAGGUGGACAUUGAAACCAAACCCAGCCAUCUGUGUUUAACCAGUGAGGAGGAUCUGGCUCCCCGUGCUUGUGCCAUGGCGGCUGCUUCAGCGGAGGAGCCUCAGGACUGCAGCUCUCGCCGAGGGAGGGUUUUAUCCCGCUCGUCUCUGGGGCUGUCAUCAGGAGGCUCGCUCAGAGAGGGGCUCGGUGAUGUGACGCUGGCUCAGCCUGAGAGCAUCCGGAGCGACCUGGAGACAUCCGAUACGCAGUCAGACGACAUCGCCGAGCUCACAUCAGAGGACUGCGACUCUCCUAACCCUCCUCCUCAGCCCACCUGCCGAGCCCAGAACUCCACUGACGGCCUGCACUGCCCUGAUAACGUCAUCCUUUCUGUCUGAAAGGACCAGAGAGCUUUGACUGCUUUUUCGUAUUAUUUUGCUUUUUUUAAUAUAAUAAGUAAGACAGCUUACAUGCUCUCUGGGGAAUUUGGUGGCAUGGUCUGCCUGUUGCUCUGUCCGUUUUGCCUAAAUUACUGACAGGGCUCUACCUCUAUGAUUCAUACUGUUAGUAAUUAAUGUACCGACUGGUGCAAAAAAAAUGCCUUGGCUAUUGAAGCAAAAAUAAGUAAAUAAAAUAAACCAAGAUUUCCUGUCAGAAGAGACAAAAGAAAAAUAAUGCCAGACAAGUAAUACUGAAAAUACUAUUAAGCACACAUGUACAAUUUGUGAGGGACUCUGGAAAGGGUCUAUAUGGACUGUAAUGUUUUUUAUGUAUGUUGGGAGUGUGUGUAUGUCAAUUUUUUAUUUAUAACAAAGCAGCCUGGAAAUUGUAUCAUUUGCUGUCUGCAUGUGUAUAUACAGUAUGCAUGACCCGCACUUGUAUAUGAGGAUACAAGUAUAGUAUGUAGUAGUUGCACUGACCAAGUUUGCACAGUGAUAAGACGUAAAUGGGCCUGCACGUGACUCUCACCUGCACAGAGAACGAAGUUCAGUGAUGGAGGCGAGGCACUGUUAUGUAGAGGAAAAAAACGAUUAUGGGAAAUAAGCAAUGAUGGGGGCAUCAGGCAGUUACCACCCCAAAGCUGAUUAUUUUCCUAUAAAAGACCUCCUGAAGUGUUGUAUUCUUCUUAUACCACAGCAAUUUGCCAACCAUUACAAUUUUUCAUUUAUUAAGGAGUGACAUACUUUUUAUCCCUUUAUAAUUACAUUUACUUUUAAGGAACGUCUCUGAAACAAGUUAGUUUGUUCUGAAGACUUUCCUGUGUUGGAAAACUAAGGUGAAAAAGGAAGAGCUGUAGCUCUGACUUUUAACACUGGGUACUUUUUUUUUUUUUCUUUUUUUCCCAGAUCGCUGUAUGAGCACUUCACCAUAUCAGCAAUUAUGUUAUUUCUAAAUCUGUUGAUGUGGCGUAGCUGUCAUACAAGUUGCUGGGAUACAAUACCAUAUUAGAAUGAGCUCCUUCGAACCAAUCAGAUUUAAGACUUUAGCAGCGCUGUGGUUUAAAGAAGACUAAUCACUUCACAAGCAGACAGUUCCACCUUAAUCAUUGUCUGCCUGCCUUAGAGACAACACGCUCUCCAUCAUGCUCUCAGUCCCUUUCCACUGACAACACUAUAUGUGCACACGUCUGCUUGUGUGUGUGUGUGUGUGUGUGUGUGUGUGUGUUAUUUGUGAGUUUGUAUUAAAUAGCAAAGAUUUAAAGCAUCGACAGUAAGACAGACCACCUGAUGCACUUUUUUUUUCUAAUAAAGCUUUGUAUUAUCAUGGACUCCCUGCCAUGUGUUUGGACUUGAGCGUUUCUGAAUAAUAAAUUUAAUCAAAUCAUCAGCUUCUUGCACUUUAUCCCAGUGUUUGUCAUUGCCCUGAAAGCUAGUUUUAACCUGUAUACUUAGUAUCCCCCUGAUUCAUUUGCUUUUAAUUGUACCCCCCAAAAAUGACAAACCAUUUGAUUGUAUACUAUUUGUUUGUUAUAUUAUUGUGGAAUGUAAUGGAAUAUUAUACUUUUUUUCAUAUGCUGCAUUUUGGCUUCAUAUGUGUCUUCAAUUAUAAAACCUUAAUCAUAAACUAA